AUGCCUAUUUGCAUCGAGUGCUCCUAUCCGGUCUCUCAUCUUUACAGCGCCUACAGUCGUGCUGAUGACCGGUCCCAAGGCAAGGGUGUGCGACUGACGCAAUGCCCGCGAUGCCAACGGUUUGCCGACAAAUACGUUGAAUAUGAUUUCGUUGUGCUCUUCAUUGAUCUGGUGCUCAUUAAGCCCCAGGUAUACCGGCAUCUCCUCUUCAAUCGGCUCGGGCGAGACGACAACCAGUUCGAUAGGUCCAUAAUUCGCCUAGGAAUUCUUCUGCUUCUCUUCGAUGUCUACCUGACUUGGGCGCGCAUUGAAAAGGACCCAUCCCUCGCAACGACCUUCCUGUCACGCGCCCCUAUCAUUGUCCAAUACCUCUUCUUCCUAAGCCUUAAUGCAGCCGCAACUCUUGCGCACCAUCUCACCGUGCGCCUGUUGGCCUCAAUCUUGGUUCCAAAGUCGCGUCGAUACAGCGGACCCGACAGCAGUAGCAGCAAUGUCAACACCAAUCCUAGCAAAAAGUCCACAGGAUAUGCCACCCCGUUCCCCUCCGGACCCCCCCACACCGACACAUUCCUCGCCAUCUGGAGUGCCAAUAAACCCGCACACCCAGAAUCCCGCAAAUCCUCCCGCAAACAUACUAAACCCAACCCAAACCCCAAGCUCAUAUAA